AUGUCGAACAAUGCGACAUGCUUUCAUGAACCGGCGGAGAAACAGUCGCCUCCACUUAUCCAGAAUGGACAUUUAGUUCUUCAAGCUCACCAUAUUGGGUGGAUCGUCAGUGGAGUAUUCACACUCGCUUCGACGGUCGUUUCGGUAUGGCUUGUGAACAAGCAUUUACGGACAUACACAAACAAACACGAGCAGCGAUGUACGUCUCUUCCUUCUCUCACCGACGUCAUUACUCAGGGUUUAUAG